CAUCAAUCUCGAGCUCACCUCGAGAUUCUCACAUUCUCUAUAUAUGAUGUUACAAAUAAGUAAAGAAUUAAGCGAAAUAUGGUUUCUGGGAAUUUUACUGUAUAGCCAAGCUCAGGGAAUGUUGAAUUCUCUUCAAUUGUUACAAGCUAUGCCCUUUGCCUCGCGUCUUCUCAUGCACUUCCUCUGCCCCAUUUGUGGUUUCAUCUUCUCAUAAUCCAAACACUAAAUACAAAACAAUCAUAGUAAAAUAUGUUUUCAUUACUCUUCUCGAGGCAAAUAAGAUGACUCAUCUCUCAUAUCUGCUUUUGAAUCAAGAAUCUUUAACUUUUUUGCAUUUUCCACAUCAACGACAUUAAACUUUGCUUUAAAAAGAAAAAAAGUUACAUAGAUAUUAUAUAUUAUAUAUGAAAAUGCAAGGAAAUGAAUAAUUGACACAGCAAGUGAGUCGUUUGCAUUUGUUGUUUUAAGAUUAUGGGCAUUACAUAUCCUUUUCUUUACAAGCGCCCGACUAAAUGACAGGCAUGCUAGUUCCCUUUACAGUACCAAUAAAACUUGGUGUUUUUUUUCUUGAGUUCUGACACGGGAUUUAGUGGGUGGGUUUCAGGCAUAGAAAGCAGCAAGUGGGUUAUUGUGAUCUAAAGAUUACGUUCAACAAACUUAGUUCAAAGUUCUUUUUUUUCCUAGUAAUACUUAUCAGUUUAGUUCACUUUUAAACAAGCUUUCUGCUUUUGCAACUGUGUCUCUGAUUCUUUUGUAACUCUAUUCAAUGGGGAGGAUUAGAAGAGAAGUUGCUCUUUGUUUUGUGACAUUCUUGUGGUUUUGGACUACUGUAAAUGGAAUGUUAUCUGCUAAAGGUGUAAACUAUGAAGUUCAAGCUUUAAUGGGUAUAAAGAACUCUUUACAUGAUCCUCAUGGUGUUCUUGAUAAUUGGGAUGGGGAUGCUGUUGAUCCAUGUAGCUGGACAAUGGUUACUUGUUCUUCUGACAGUCUAGUCAUUGGCCUAGGGAUUCCAAGCCAGAACUUAUCUGGUACUCUUUCUCCAAGCAUUGGCAAUCUGACAAAUCUUCAAAUUGUGCUCUUACAAAACAACAACAUAACAGGACCAAUUCCGGCAGAGAUUGGUAGGCUAUCAAAGCUUCACACACUUGAUCUUUCGAACAAUUUCUUCAAUGGGGAAAUUCCUUUCUCUCUAGGCAACUUACGAAGUCUCCAGUACAUGAGGUUUAAUAAUAACAGUUUCUCUGGAGCACCUCCAAUGUCAUUGGCCAACAUGACCCUGCUUAUCUUUCUUGACUUGUCCUUCAAUAAUCUAAGUGGCCCUGUUCCAAGAUUUCCUGCCAAAACAUUCAGCAUCCUUGGAAACCCUCUGAUCUGUGCAACUGGUUCUGAACCAGACUGCUAUGGGACACAACUAAUGCCGAUGUCCAUGAAUGUGAAUAGCUCAGAAACCAAUCUACCUUCUGGCGGACGCAGAAGUCACAAAUUGUCCCUUGUAUUUGGCUUGAGUGUGGGAUUUGUCUCUGUUAUCAUUCUUGCAUUUGGACUCUUUAUGUGGUGGAGGCAAAGACACAAUGAACAGAUAUUCUUAGAUGUUAAGGAGCGGCAUCAUGAGGAGGUUUCCUUUGGAAAUUUAAGGAGGUUCCAAUUCAGAGAACUUCAGAUAGCAACACAUAAUUUCAGCAGCAAGAACAUACUGGGGAAGGGAGGUUUUGGAAAUGUGUACAAAGGGACUCUCCCAGAUGGGACUGUUGUUGCAGUCAAGAGGCUUAAAGAUGGAAAUGCCAUUCGAGGAGAGAUCCAAUUCCAGACUGAAGUUGAGAUGAUCAGCUUAGCAGUCCAUCGGAACCUCCUUAGACUUCAUGGAUUUUGCAUCACAUCCUCAGAAAGGCUUCUAGUUUACCCAUACAUGUCUAAUGGCAGUGUUGCGUCUCGUCUCAAAGGGAAACCAGUCUUGGAUUGGGGCACCAGGAGGAGAAUUGCCUUAGGAGCUGGUAGAGGACUAUUAUACCUCCAUGAGCAAUGUGACCCAAAAAUAAUUCAUAGGGAUGUAAAGGCUGCAAAUAUAUUACUUGAUGACUAUUGUGAGGCAGUUGUAGGAGAUUUUGGGUUGGCAAAGCUUUUAGAUCACCAGGAUUCUCAUGUCACAACAGCCGUGAGGGGAACUGUGGGCCAUAUAGCUCCCGAAUACCUUUCCACUGGCCAAUCCUCUGAGAAAACAGAUGUUUUUGGAUUUGGUAUUCUUUUACUAGAAUUAAUAACUGGCCAAAGAGCUCUAGAAUUUGGCAAGGCAGCUAACCAGAAAGGAGCCAUUCUUGAUUGGGUAAGGAAAAUUCACCAGGAGAAGCAGCUUGAAAUGCUUGUAGACAAGGACUUGAAAAACAACUACGACAGGAUUGAGCUUGAAGAGAUGGCUCAAGUAGCUCUAUUGUGCACCCAAUACCUUCCAGGGCACAGACCAAAAAUGUCUGAAGUUGUUCGAAUGCUCGAAGGCGAUGGCCUUGCAGAGCGAUGGGAAGCUUCUCAAAGAGCAGAAGCAACCAAAUGCAAACCCCAUGAAUUUUCCUCGUCAGAUCGAUACUCUGAUCUCACUGAUGAUUCAUCAUUACUAGUGCAAGAAAUGGAGCUCUCUGGCCCAAGGUGAAUUUCUCAGAAUCAAAACAAUGAAUUAUGGUUAAGGCUACUGUGCAGAAGUCCCUGUCACGAUUCAAAGUUUGCAAUGUAUUGUAGUGGUACAUCAGAGCUCCAAACUGGCUUUGAUUUUUUUUUUUUCCCCCCUGAAUUGUACAGUUUUUAGUUUGAGAAAGUUAUAGUUUUAGAAUGAUAUCUUCAUUUAUUUGCUGUUCUUAUUGAGUGAAAAUUUUACAAGGAUAUGUCCCUUUAAAUUUUGAGCUUGUAAUGUAAUGCUCUAGACUUGAUUUUUCAUAGUUCUGAAUCAAUUAAUGCUUCACACUUGCUUCA